GUGAAAUGCUGGAGUGUGUUUUAUUCAAUGUUCGCUUCUGCUUUUACUCGACACCGAUGACAACCACCAGAGGAGAUUUAAUCAUCUCAGCAGCACAGACGGCAUCUCCACUCCUGAAGCACCAAUCAACCAAUCACACCCUCCUGCCUUGCUCUUUAUGUCAAUGCCAUGUGGAAGAUAGCUUGAUCUCCAGUCUCUUGGUCUAAUCGUCCUCCAUCCUUAGCCCUACCUAUACUCCACCCUGGACGGGCACGAGAGGAACCGGGAAAGGGUCGGCUUCCAGUGCAUGGCCAACAUGCGAGACGGGGCGGAACUGGAGGAGGGGGAGCUGGGUUUGGCCUCUGAGGGCAGCGACAGCAGCCACGAGCACCCGACCUCCAUGGGGUCCCCGCACGACGACAGGAAGCGGCCGCGCUCCGCCUUACACGAGGACGUAGAGAUGGGCGGCUCGAGCGGCAGCGGGACGGAAUCCCACGGCAACGAGUCGCACGGAAACGAGUCCCACGGCAACGAGUCGGUGGGCAGCUCACACGGCAACAGCAAGGACUCGGCCAUUAUGGAGUCUUCGGGAAGCAACAAGAGCUCCAACUCUCACAGCCCCUCGCCGCCCAGCAGCUCCAACGCCUUCAGUCUGGUGAGCUCGGAGCAGGACAACCCUUCCACCAGCGGCUGCAGCAGCGAACAGUCCGCCAAAGCGAAGACACAGAAGGAGCUCUUCAAGACCCUCAAGGAGCUAAAGAUGCACUUGCCGUCGGAAAAGAGGAGCAGGAAGGCCAGCACCGUCAACACGCUCCGGUACGCGCUGCGAUGCGUCAAGCAGGUGAAAGCCAAUGAGGAAUACUACCAGAUGUUGAUGAUUAAUGACAGUCAGCCGCCAGGGUUUGAUGUAUCCUCCUACACCAUCGAUGAGAUCAACAGCAUCACCUCUGAAUACACCCUCAAAAACACAGACAUUUUUGCCGUAGCCGUGUCGCUCAUCACGGGGAAAAUCGUCUACAUCUCGGACCAGGCGGCGUCCAUCCUGAACUGCAAGCGGGAGGUGUUCAAAAAUGCCAAGUUCGUGGAGUUCCUGUCGCCUCAGGACGUCAGCGUGUUCUACAGCUUCACCACGCCCUACCGCCUGCCCUCAUGGAGCAUGUGCACCGGAGCAGACUCGUCUCCGACGGAGUGCAUGCAGGAGAAGUCCUUCUUCUGCCGCAUCAGUGGAGGCAAGGAGCGACAAGGAAACGUGCAGUACUAUCCUUUCCGGAUGACUCCGUACUUGAUGAAGGUGCAGGACGCUGAGCUGGCAGAGGAGCAGUUCUGCUGCCUCCUGUUGGCCGAGAGGGUGCACUCUGGAUACGAAGCACCCAGAAUCCCUACAGACAAGCGUAUCUUCACCACCACACACACUCCCAACUGUGUGUUCCAGGAUGUGGAUGAGAGGGCUGUUCCUCUUCUGGGUUACCUCCCCCAGGACCUUAUCGGGACCCCUGUGCUGCUCAAUCUGCACCCGAGUGACCGGCCCUUAAUGCUGGCUGUGCAUCGGAAAAUUCUGCAGUUCGCCGGCCAGCCUUUCGAUCACUCCUCGAUUCGUUUCUGUGCGAGAAACGGCGAGUACAUCACCAUCGACACCAGCUGGUCGAGCUUCGUCAACCCCUGGAGUCGCAAGGUCUCCUUCGUCAUCGGCAGGCACAAAGUCCGCAUGGGUCCUGUGAAUGAAGAUGUUUUUGCAGCACCAGCUUUCCAUGGAGGGAAGAUCAUGGACUCGGACAUCCAGGAAAUCGGUGAACAGAUCCACAGGCUGCUUCUGCAACCGGUGCAUAACAUGGGCUCCAGCGGUUACGGUAGCCACGGCAGCAACGGUUCCCACGAGCAGCUGGUGAGCAUCAGCUCGUCGGGCGAGAGCAACGGGAACGCGGCGGAGGAGACGAACAAAGCCAAGCCUCCCAGGACCUUCCAGGAGAUUUGUAAAGGGGUCCACAUGCUGAAGAACCAGGACCCCCAGGGCUGCCUGCGCUCCCCUCCUGCAUCGCCGUCACCAUCCAAGCAUGAGCAGAAGAGGAGCACUGACUUGUCUCAGAAGAGUUCAGCGGUGCGUCUGAAGGACUCGUCCCCCUCCCCACAGCUCAGAGACAGCCUGGAGGACUUCACCUGCAAAGACCAGACCGUCUGUUCCUACCAGCAGAUCAGCUGCCUGGACAGCGUCAUCAGGUACCUGGAGAGCUGUAACACCCCCAUCACAGUGAAGAGGAAGUACCAGUUCUCCACCAACACCACCUCAUCCAACUCGGAUGAGGAGAGGAAGGGAUCAGAGGACGGCAUGCAAGGGCCUCCGGACUCAAACCCAGACCCUUUAAUGCUAGACGCUCCCCCCAGCCUGUCCAGCAUGAAAGCCCCAAAGAAGCCUUCCUCCGGGGCGGCAGCAGUGGUUGGAGGCCCACUGGCUCCCCUCACCCUGCCCAGCAAGGCGGCGAGCGUGGUCUCCAUCACCUCCCAGUGCAGCUACAGCAGCACCAUCGUCCACGUGGGAGACAAGAAGCCUCAGCCAGAGUCCGAGAUGAUCGAAGACGUGGUCGGGAGCCCCGCCCCGCCGGCUCUGCCCGUCAGCGUGGCGUCUCCAUCCAGCCAGGAGAAGGAGGCCUACAAGCGUCUGGGUCUGACCAAAGAGGUGCUGGCUGCUCACACUCAGAAAGAGGAGCAGGCCUUCCUCACCCGCUGCAGAGAGUUGCGGGACGCCCGCACCUUCCAGAAGGACGGCUUCACCUCCCGGCACAAGCAGAGGCAUCGUACCAACGCUGAAGAAUCACCCGGUCUUCAAGGUGGAGCCAAAACGAGAACUUCCAGGCCCGAGACCGCUGCCAAGAAGGGAAGCCGCAACAGGAAGUCCAAGAAGCCGCGCAUGAAGCAUCCCGAUUCGUCGGACAGUGCCAUGUCAGACCACAAACCCGCCCCCCCACUGCAGGGUCUCAACCAGACCUCGUGGUCCCCAUCUGAAGCGUCUCAGUCGGCAUUUAACGUCUCCUACCCGACCAUCGUGCCUGCCUACCCUCUGUACCCGCCUGCCCCCGCCGCCCCGGGCCAGGCCCCCUGCCCGGACCCCUCCCUCUCCGCAGGCUACGGAGAGGCCCAGAGCUCCCAGGCCCCGUCUACCGCGCCCCCUUUCGCUGCACCCAUGGUCACCCCUGUGGUGGCUCUGGUGCUCCCCAACUACCUCUUCCCCCAGAUGGGGCCACUGGCAGCUGCUCCAAGACCAGCCUUCUACCCCGAGCAGAGCCAUCCUGCUUACACUACCCAGCAGCCUUUUCAGCCCCCGCCUCCAGCCUACGCCCUACAAACACAGCCCCCCUUCACUCAGCCUUUCCAGACUACACAGACCCCCUAUUCAACCCCCCAGCCUUUCCAGACGGCACAGACCCCCUACACCACCCAGCAGCCCUUCCCUGUGCAGACUGCCUUCACCCCACAGCCUUUCCAGACUGGACAGACCCCUUACACCACCCCUCAGCCUUUUCAAACAGUACAGACCCCCUACACAACCCCACAGCCUUUCCAAACUGCACCGCCCCCCUACACCACCCCUCAGCCUUUCCAAACUGCACCGCCCCCCUAUACCACCCCUCAGCCUUUCCAAACUGCGCCGCCCCCCUACAACACCCAGCAGCCCUUCACCGCCCAGCGCCCGUUCCCAGUGCAGACUCAGUUUGUGUCUCAGGCCCAGUACCCAGCUCAGCCCUUCUCUUACAGCCUGACCCCAAAGCCCCAGAAGCCCAUGACUGUGGAGCAUCGGGAGGGGGCGGCGUCACGCUCCUCCACCCCGGCCUCCGGAGCGAGGGAGCCCGCCACGUCGCCGCCGCUGUUUGAGUCGCGGUGCAGCUCGCCCCUGCAGCUCAACCUGCUGAGCAUGGAGGAGGGACACCACCGCUCGCUGGACCGGCAGGACAGCAAUGUAGCGCCCUCUGCUGGAGGACAAGGGAACAGCACUGCAGGGGGAGGUGGAGCGGCGGGGGACAAGAGCGGAGCCACAGCGCAGACUGAAGACCUCCAACAGGUGGAGUCUCGAGACGGGGCUAACAGCGAUGGGAACUCCUCAUCCUUUGACUUUCUGGACAUCCUGCUGCAGGAGGACUCUCACUCUGGGACCGGGUCAGCCACUUCCGGCUCCAUGGGCUCGGGGUCGGGUUCAGGAUCGGGCUCCGGAUCCGGAUCAGGGUCGGGCUCGGGGUGCAACGGCUGUGACACGUCAGCCAGCGGAGCAUCGGGCAGCAGGACAGGGAGCAGCAACACCAGCAAAUACUUUGGCAGCGUCGACUCUCUGGAGCACGACCCCAAAGCCAAAGCCAGGGCCAAAACGAGAGGAGAGGGAGGCUGUGAAAGCGGCCCAUCGCAGACUAAAGUGUCAACGCAAGGCGAGGGAGAUCACUUGACCAAAUACGUCCUGCAGGAGCCGCUCUGGCUGCUGAUGGCCAACGCUGACGACAAGGUCAUGAUGACUUACCAAAUGCCACCCAGGGACAUCCAGAGGGUUCUACGGGAAGACAAGGAGAGGCUGCGGCAGAUGCAGAAGACCCAGCCUCACUUCUCCUCCGACCAGCGCAGAGAGCUGAUGGAGGUUCACCUCUGGAUGAGGAGGGGGGGUCUACCUGCUUCCAUCAAUGUCAAGGAGUGUGUAUAUUGCGAAGACACAGUGGUGACCCCUCUCGAGGAGGCCCCCCACAUGGACAUGAGCGAGCUGGGCGAGGAGCUGAGCACACAGAGCCCGAACUACGAGAGCUAAUCAGAGGAGCCCGAGCCUCACCCUGAGACUGGCUCCUGAACACACACUCCACCAGCCAUGGACCUUGAUAUUGCACCCACACGCACACAUAUUGUGGAUGUGAGACAAACAACAGUGUGCCUGACCAUCCUCACACACACUCAUCAUAAACUCUGUGUGAUGAGGAUGUGUGUGUCGCUCAUGUGUGUGAGUUGUGUGGAGGACUGCUGCUGAGGUGCAGUAUUUAACUCCCCAUACAGGGGGCAGCAGCGCUUUGUGAGGGUCUUUGUAUGCCUGACUCUCAUAUAGUGUUUUUGCCAGCUCACACACACAAACACACACACACACACACACACACACACACACACACACACACACACACACACACACACUCCGGGCCCAGCCUGUGUGGUUGUUGACCUUUGGCCUGUCCUAAUAUUUUUUAUAUAUUCUUUCCCCCCCUUUUGUCAGAGGCAUUGCUUUACUGCAACAAAAGCAGGUAUUAUUUUAAAAAAUGACCAUCUUAAAGAUAUUGAUGAUUACUUUUUGGACAAAAUAAUUGUCAUAAAACCGAUUCAAAUUGGUAUUAAAACACAGCCUGGCAUUGCUGUUUAAAUUCUGCCACGUAAUGUUUGUGUUUGCUGCUCAAAGCUCCUUUUUGUUUAACAAUGUUUAACUAUGUAGAAUAGUUGUGGUGCACAUUGUACGAUGUCAAAGCGCAGAAUCCCCUCCUUUUUGUGUUAUGGAUGAGCUUUGAUCUUACUGCUCUUACUGCUGAUGUUAUUCAACCGUGACAAUCCAACUACCGUAUUUAUUUUCUACCAGAUAAUGUAUUUAGAAUAGAUUGUUUUAAGCUAAAGCCAAAUCUACUCAGCUAAAAGACAGUACUUAACCAGGCGUUUACAAUAAACUCUACAGGAUAUUAAAGUCACUUUACACUGACGAAUGUAAACUGGAGUUAGCUGGUCUGUUUCACAGAUAACCUUGAAGUGUUGAAGCCUCAGACUGCAGACCCUAAAACAGCAGCGGUGCUACGAACAAGUGAGCGUCACCACAGCAGGAUGAUGGUUUUCUGAUUGUAUAGGGAAUGGAAAUCAUGAAAUGUUUUGUAUUCCCUUUUACUGCCAAUUUCUGUCUUUUUAAAUUAUACAGUUUGUUUUUCAAAGACAAAGUUGUAUCGAUGGAAAAUGUGCAAAAAAAUGUGGAGUUGUUUUAUUUUUCUGUCAACAUUGUGCAGCUCUACUCCAAAAUGUCAGUUUUGGAAGAAAUCUGUGGGGAUUAAUGCAUUAUGCAAAUGUACUUUGUCUCUAUUUGCACCCUUUCUUUUCAACACAUAUGCUCAUUUUUCUCACGCAUAUUGAACUGGGUUUCCACGCUGACGUUGAUACUGAGAAUCAGCACGUCAGUGUAAGAUAACGGAACACAAUUGUAGCAAAUAAGGGGACAAUGUUGCCUUAGUGACUUUAUAGAGGAAAUGGUGACAUGCAAGCCUUUGGUCGUCUAACAUGAAGUGUUAAGGAAAGCUGUGGACCACACCUCAGUGGCUCCACGGUCGAGGUAAAGCGUAGGAGAGCUGGUGGCACUACGGCAAAAGAUUGUGAAUGUAACCCAGACUGGACCAAGAGCAUUUCAGCUGCUUAGUUUCUUUUCCGGAUUUUCUUUUUUUAUCUGUCUUUUUUUACUGUACUGUUUGUUUGGUCAAAGUAAGUUAUUCUUCAGUGUCUUUGGGAAUGGACCCUACCUCUAAUAAAACCCAGGUCAUGUUACUGUAAACAGAAGGUGUAUGUAUGUGGGGCGAAGGACAGAUACGUCAAGUGAUUCUUGUGAGUGAGCCUUAGACUGUCAGAGUUUUGUAUCUGCUUUCUGUUUUUACGAAUGAAUGCACACCUUAACUGCGGUCCAUCUCUGUGCAAAAACAUCUCCAGAGGGACUGCCGUGAAGAAAGCCAGAAUGAAUGCAGAGCCCCCUGACCUGUAAAUGCAUUACGUGGUAAUGGCACAUGAUGUUGUGUACGGUCCUGUCAAUUUUUUACAGUUGCAGUUCAGUUCAUUUCUUUGUUGUUAAAAAGAUGUGUUGUUUUGAGACAUGUUUGAGAAACUAUGUUGUAAUAAAACUACAGAAAUAUAA